CGUUAUAUAGAAUAAUUAACCAAAGUGAUUGAAAUCAACUUUAUUAACCCUCUGGUGAUUUACUAACAACCUUCCAUAUCCUUUCAAACCUCGUAACCAUAUAGUGAACUGCGUACAUAAACAGUUGCACUAAUGCCACAUAAAACACAGUAUACCAGAGCAGUAUUCAUCCUAACAGAUUCUAACAAACCCUGGUGUUGGAAUUUGACUGGUUUGGGAUCAUUAGGGUUAAUUCAUUUCGCUAUCCAUUAUCACAGUGGCAGUUGCUCAAGAGAGCUAUGCUUGGAGGAACACAUCAGAACUGGCAGUCGGAUAUCAUCUUAGAGAGAAAAGUACUGGACAUUGUCUCUGGCCCAGGGUUGUUUAUUCUAAAAAAUAUGAUUAAUCUAAAUUCUUUUCUGUAGCAGAAUACCUUGGCAGGUCCAAAACCAGUAUUCUUAGGUGGCACAGCCAGGAAGUUCCCUUUCUAUUUCUCAAAACAAUUAGUUUUGAAACCACUUUAAAAACACAGCCAUUAUAUCAUAUUUUCAGCCACUGUAAUUUCAAAUAUGGUCCUAGUAUGAGCUGUUUCUGCUUUUUACAAUCUUGAUAGGAUAGACAAAGGGAAGAGAAAUGAGGUUGUUUCCAAUUCUUUUGCAUCUGCUUUCAUGAGCCUUAAUUUGGGUGGUGGAUGAGCUUUCUGUUGUGAAAAUUGGGCUCACUAGAGCAUUUUUGAUAACCCUACCCCUGAGUAAAUUCUACAAUGUGGAACGUACAGCAAAACUAUUGAGUAUUAAUGCUUAAAUUUUAAGCCAUAAAAAGUGCUGCAUCAAUAAGUUUUAAAUGGAGAUCUGUUCCUGUCACCAAAAGAAAGAUUAUUAAUAGAGAUCAUUUUUAUAAACUUUACAAGUACGCAGACAUGCAGAAAAAAUGUAGUUAACUGUUUUACUCUAAUCUAAAAUUACACGUGGUUGAGGUAUAUGUUUGUUUUCAUAGUUUCCCUACUUUUGAUAUGUACCUUCCUUUCCAUUUACAACACAUGUAAUUAUGUGUAUUAUAUUUUGCUCACUCAAAACAAAUCAAAUGGACAAAAAAGUAUUUAGAAAAAGCAAAAACCUCAGUGAAAAUAAAGUUUUUACUUUCAAGACAGCUCCAACUUUCCUCUCAUUGUUAUGGUUUCACUGUUUUAAAUGAGGAAACUUCGAAUUCAUUAAUGUUAUUUUUUUUGAAACACAUUUGAAAAACGUACCUCAAAAUCUGGUGAACAGAAUACUGCUUUAAAUCUAUAUUCACAUAUACACAACAUUGAAGUAGUUGCAUGGCUUUGAAGAAUCACGGUACAUGUACAGUACAUUAGACAUUUCUGUACACUGAAAGAGAAAACCUAACAUAAACACCUAACUGCUAAUACAGUCAAAUGAAAACAAAAACUUCACUGAAAAUAAACUUUUUUAAUCACUUUCAUGUAACAAACUCAACAGUUCCUGAUCUGAGAUUUUCUGUUGGUUGUUGAAGAGAAUGAUAAAUUAGCUUUACUUUAGUAUAUAAGAUGAGAUUGCAAAAAAGUAGGAUUGAUAGCUGAAAAACUCUUUAGGCAGUGAGCACAUCAAAGCGAGAAUACAGAAGUAGAAGUAAUGGUGAAGUAUAGAUACAGAUAAAAAUAACAGUGAAUACAACUUUAUUGUCAGUCAGUAUUUUGUCAGUACUUCCAUUGCUUUUUAACUCUAAAGAAGCCAGAAACCUCGAACCUUCAUGAGUUUUUCCAGUUAUCUCUUGCAGUCAUUUGGACACCAAAUUUAUCAGUACCACACUGUUCGAGAAAUGCUCAUUCUCCCUUGACAAGUCAGUCAGCCUCAUUUUGGCCAUGUCUUUAAGAAGAGAAGUCCAGGAAUUUAAAGCUUGUCAUUACGAUAACUGUUGAUACUUUUGUUCAGUUCAACUUUAAAUUAAGGCCACCCUACCACCCAAAAAUCUGCUGAUCUAUUUCAAUUAUUUCUCCCUCGUCAUUCUGAAUCUUAAAAGGGUAUUUUCAACAUAUUGUUGGUAUGUGGAAUCAACUCCCACUUGCAGUCAUAUCAGAAUAUUUAUUUUCAUCCUCCAUGGCCCACAUUUUGGAAUUUUACAAAACUAAAUUCAACUUCAGCUUUGACUACAAUUUUUGUAUCUGAGUGUCAGCUUAUCGUUGUGCUGGUUGCAGAUGGCUUGAACAUAAGUAACCCAACACAUCGAAAUCGGGAAUAAAUCGUAAGUUGAGAUAUGAGUAUGGUCAGAAAGUGAAUUUCAUAAGCUUUCAAAUGGUGUGUUGAUGGUACCCUAUCAUACAUACAUACACUUCCGAACUAUACAGAACCUGCCACAUGGAUUUUUCAACAUUUACCCACGUCCCUACUUUACUCGGCCAUCAUGUAAAAUCGCCCUUGCGACUUACUUCUGAUCACGAUGUACUGAGUCACAUAUUCCCAAUUCUUUAUCUCCACUUGGCAGUCUUUCAUGUGAGUUUGUUACUUCUUCUGCUCUGGUAUCACACUGUGAUUUCUCCCUCCCCUUUCCGAAUUUCCUUUGAUUUUUCCCCAUUUUUUUCCCCUCUCGCAGGCUCAGCAACCCCUCCUGCCUUUAAUUCCUCCCCCACAUAAAUGUGGGCAAUGUCUUCUAUUGAAUACCCACCCUAAACAGUCGCUAAUUAUGUAAAUUCCUUUGCGUCUGAUUCAAUUCGCUAAAACUUCUGAUCAGACGUAGUGCACCCUCUAAUCCCAUGAAUGGCCGCCAGGUUUGUCGUCCUUUUCAGGUGUUAAAACCCUCUGCACCUGAAGUGGGGAAGGAUGGGAGGGAGCCAACUGUUUGGGAUAGGUAUUCAACAGCAGACCCAAAUUUCUGUGGGGGAGGAGUCUUCUGCCUUCAACCUACCCCAAACAAUCGCUAAAUAUGCAGAGUAGCACCGAGCCCUUGGAGGGGGGUGUGGCGAGGAUGCACUACAUAAUAUGGGAACCAGAGGAGUAUGAAAUUGUCAAACUUUAUUGCGGACCUGCCAAAUACUGUAGUUGUUAUGUUGUUCCAGAGGUGGACCGCUUUGAUGAGGAACCCUUCUGCAUCAAUGUGGCCCAUGGACCGCUCUGUCAUGUGUGGAGUCCUUUUGCAGAACAUUGGUGAGGUAGCAUGUGGUGAAAGUAGAUGGGGUCUUCUAGCAUGCUGCCUUGUAUAUUUCCUCCAUCGGUACACCCCUGAAGUAGGCCCAUAAUAUGGAAACUGCUCGGAUAUCGUGAGCUCUGAUGAGGUGUAGUAUUUUAUUGGCCACACAGUUCAGCCAAUCUGGGUUGGCAAACUUGAUAGCCGAAACUGCCCACCUGGCUAAAGUGUCUCUUGUCGCAACUUGGUGAGGUUUUAUUGUAAUGAAAAGCUAUGAAGAUGUCCCUCUGAGUUUUGUGGUUUUGGCUAAAUACCAUCUAAGAGUUUGCAGUGGGAACCAUGGUUUGUCUGUCGUCUGGAGUAUCAUUGUGUUUGGUAAUGUCUGGUACAAAAAGGAGGAUGGAAGGAAACUGACGGCUUCGUGGUGACAAACCCCAGCGGGAAUGAGACAAAAGCCAUGGGGUUCCCAACAAAUGUGGCCUUCUGUGAUGGACAAUGCUUCAGUUCACUGCCACGCUGUGAGAAAGUAACUCCAAGUAGGAGUGCCAGUUUCACUGAGAAAUCUGGUCUGUCUGGAAGGAUCACCAGUAGCCGGAUGAGAAGUCUGGUCAGAUGCAGGAACCAUGGUUGGUCUGGCCAGAAGGGGGCGAUGAGGAGGAGAAAACUGCCGGUAUUAGGGAUAUUGGAAGGAAAGCAUUGGCCAACAUCCCUUGCCAGUAGAUUUGAAGAGCAUUUGUUGCCCAGGUUUGCGGGUGGUAAAAUUUGGUGCAGAACACUGGCAGUUGGGCAUUCUCUGCCAAGGCAAAAAGAUUGAUGUUUGGUUUCUCAUAUUCGGCAAAGAUCUGUCCGACUAUAGUCGUGAGCAGAUAUCACUCCGUGGGAUGUACCUUUUCCCGAGAGAGAGAGAGAACGUCUGCAAUGGAGUUGUUGACACCAGGAAUGUUGGUUCCCUGGAGGUCGAUGUCAUGAUCCUGGGCCCAAAGGAACAUCUGUCUCAUCAGGAGGCAGCAGGCAGGGAGCAUGUGUGCCUCCCUGGUGAUUGAUCUAUGACACCACCAUGGAAUUGUCCGAACAGAUGAAGACUUGUUUGCCUAUGAUGCUUGGGUGGAAAGCUUUCAGUACGUUGAAUAAUGCCUGAAGUUCCAGUAUAUUGAUGUGAUUCCCUUGGAGCUAGAGGUUCCACGUUCCCUAUACUUUAAGUGGUGGUAGGGAGGGUCCAAAUCCCAGAUGAGAAGCGUUCGAGGUUAUAGUUAUUUCCAGGUUCACCUUGGGAAGGGAACUCCGAAAGAGAGGUGUCUCUUCACUUAUCAUCACUGGAGAUGGGGGCGGAUUAAGUUUGAGAUGGGGACCUAGAGAUUGAUUGAGUCCCAUUUCGGCCAGUAGAGAGCUAAAAGAUGAAGUUAUAAUGGAUGCAUGUACAGCCUGCAGAGUUGGAAUGAGGUCCACCAUGCUGGCCAUCAAGCUGACUGCUCGGUAGAAAAGACUUUCAUCCAGUCGAGAAGGUUGUCGAUGUGUUUGGUCGUUGGUGAGAUUAUACCUUGCCGAAGGUUGACAGAUGCCCCUAGAUACGUCGGAUAUUGCAUUGGGGUGAGAUUUGACUUCUCAUGGUUGAUAAUGAAGCCCAGAUGAUUGUUGAUGUCGCAAGUAAGACGGGCAGAAACCUCUGUUUUGCUGAAUGAUCUGCUGACGAUCAGCCAUUCAUCUGGGUACUGGAAAAGCAUGACGUCCCACUUUCAAAAGGUGAGUGUAACCGUCUUUGUAACAAUCUCAGGGAUGUGUAGAGGCCGAAGGGGAGAGCUGUGAAUUGAAAGAGGUUUCCGUUGUAUAGGAAGUGUAGGUAUUCGUCGUUGGAUGAAUCAGGAUGUGAUGAUAGGCAUCUUUCAAGUCUACGGAUGAGGUCCAACAUGGUAUCUGUAAAGAUUGGGUGACCGUCCGAAGGGUUUCCAUGUGAAAUUUCCUUUGGCAGAUAAAGUGGUUCAGAGGUUUGAGGUUAUUAAUAGGUCACCAGCUGUUGAGUUCCUACUGUUGAAAUGAAGCUCCUGUUUGCUUGAGAUUUGGGAACCGGGUGGAUAUCAUGCUUCCGAAGGAGAGAGUCUAUCUCGGACUCCAGUGCCUGUCGUUUGCUUCUGUCAGUACGAAUGAAAUCAGACGGGGGAUAGGUACAGACUCGUGAAUUCAAGGGCAUAACAGUAAUGAAUGGUCGCAAGCACCCAGCUGUCUGAUGUGACUUUCUCCCAAGACCCUGUGAAGAGUUGAAGUCGCCCGCUGAAGGGUCCAGGAUUGUGAGGUGGAGGCAGGUCUGAAUAGUCAGAGACGUUUACCCGGUCUGGGGCAGCACGACUUGGUAGUUCUUCCCUUGAAGCUUUUCUAGGGUGGUUUGGUAGGUCGAGAGGAGGAUGGACAGCCGCGAUUCGCCUGAUAACUGUGUAGACAAAAGGGGCAAAAGGAAGAGAAUCGCACUGGUGGUGCAUUCCGAAAUGCGAUUUUGCCGUACGUUAUUAUUAUUUUCCAGAAAAAUGUCUGCUUGUUUUCUUAACUACACUUAUUCUAUCAAUUUUGUAUUGUUUGUUGGAUCCAUUUAUUUCAGAUUUUUUAAAAUUUUACUUAAUUUUGCACAGUUUUGAGAAGUCAAUUACUCUCUCUGCAGUGGACAAUAUUCUGUCCUUCAGAGAGCUAAGUUCACGUGUGGUAGUCAUUUUCUAAACAAGACAUCCAAAUCUGUCGUCUUGAGCUAGGUCUAGGUCUUCACUCCAUUGGAAAUGUGCAGAGACGUGUAGACAAUAGACCUAGCCGUAGCUCUGAAAGCCCCUUUUGGACACGGCUCGAGUCGUCGAAUACGAUAAUCUUGUUGGUUCCCACUAUUUGGUACAACGUAACCAAGUAUACUCAAAGUGACCCUUACCAGUGUUUCCACUUCUUGCGCAAUCGGGAUUUCCCGAAACCAUUCCGAAAAACAGAUACCAUCACUUCGCUGGUUACCACCGCAUCAGUGGGCAUAAACUAAUGCAAGAUGCCGAUUAAGUCAUGUUCUGAAGAUUCAUGUGUUGUGUGUACCGUACGUAGGACACGUUUAUGCUCCUGUACGAUGGCACGGUACACUACAGGUUUGAGAGAACAAGUGGCUUAUCAAGCCCACAAAGUCAAAAGUAAAGCUCUGACAGCUUUGAUGAUAUCACAGAAGCAAUGUACACUGCAGCUAUUCAGUGUGAAAUACUCGGGAAAAUUACCCAGUAACUGCUGCCUCCAAACAUGGGAAUCGUCAUGAAUUUUGCAAGAUCUGCAGUACUGACUUUAGCAUUAGCCAUGGUGGACUUAAUGACGGCAAGAAGCAUGUGGAAUCCAAGAAACAUCAAUCCCAUAGCAGUGCCGUGGAAUCCUAUGCGAAGUUGACAGCUUUUUCCUGCACCAUCCUAUCACAGUGUCAUCAAUGCAGAAGUCAUGUUUACAGAGUGCGUGGUAGAACAUAGCCUGCCAUUGGCUUUAGCAGAUCACACAGGUAAACUUUUCAGACAAAUGUUCCCUAAUCUGAAUAAUGCAAAGAAGUAUGGAUCUGGUCAUACUAAAUCGACACACUUUGUGGACACCUUUGGGGCUCCCUUCAGCAUGGCGACGGAUGGAAGUACCAAUUAUAAAGAUGUUAAGUUGUACCCCAUUUGUGUGUUAUUUUGAUGAGGCACUUGAGAAAGCCAUGUCAGUGCUACUUUCUCUGCAUCAGUGUAACAAAGCUUCCAUCGGUGAAAACAUGCAUCUUCAAAAUACUAGAAUAAGAACUUCGUAAAUCUCAUAUCCCCUGGCAAACUCUUGUGUUUUGCUGCAGAUAAUGCCUCUGUCAUGUUUGGGAUACAUGAAGGUGUUGCUGCCUUCCUGACUACACAAGCACCCCCUGUUUAUAUUUCAGGUUGAUAACUAUGCCUUCAUGAUUUUGAUAUUUUUGAUGGGUCAAGGUCAGGAUCUGAAAAAGUUGAAACAUCUUGAAAAAAUAUAGUAACUAAAAAGGAAACUGCCAUGUCACCAUCCCCAAAUUGCCCUUUCCAGUUCUGUUGGCCUGUUCUAUCAUUCCGUUUGUCAGUUUUGUCAUGCUGGUGUUUCAAUAACGUGCAGUGAUGAGGUGUAUUCAUCUUUUCAAACCAAGAAAAUGUUUCGUGCAUUAUUUGUCAUUAGAAACCUCGAUUAAAGUUUGUAGUGUAGCAAUUCCCACAGAUACAGGUAUUUCAACAUUGUCCCAUCUAAAAACAUUGAUAUCCAGCUUCAGUGCCCCAAAUGUUUUAUUUUUAAACAGGGUGUGCUUGCCAUUCAGCGCAACUCAAGGUGGAUGAAUCACUCGUGGACAUUUACUGCUACCUCGAUAAAAAGUUCUAAAAGAAAGCAAGAGUUCCUAGCCAUCCAAAAGAGGACUGAAGACACCUCAACAUAAUAUACUGAAACAUGUAAUCACCAGGUGGAUGUCUUUAGGACAGUGCAUAGCAAGACUCUUAGAGCAGUGGGAUGCUCUUCCCUACUUUCAGCACCAGUUAGUAUUUGAAAGUCAACAAAAGAAAAAAGGUCUGCAGGAAACUGCUCCCAAGAAAGGAAAGUCCUCCAGCCUCACUAAGCCACCACACACCUCCAGCCUUUCCAUGCCACCUUCUGGCUCCAGCCUUGUCUGGCCACCACCCACGUCCAGCCCCACUAAGCCACCUUCCACCUCUAGCCUCACCAAACCACCUUCCACCUCUAGCCUCACCAAACCACCUUCCACCUCUAGCCUAACCAAACCACCUUCCACCUCUAGCCUAACCAAGCCACCUUCCACCUCUAGCCUCACCAAGCCACCUUCCACCUCUAGCCUCACCAAACCACCUUCCACCUCCAGCCUCACCAAGCCACCAUCCACCUCCAGCCUUGCCAAGCCGCCAUCCACUUCUAGGUCAGCUAAACCAUCAUUCACUGCUUCUACAAAACCAUCCACUCAUGGCACUGCCAAACUACCAACUCCUAGCUCAAACCCAGAGAGAAUUGUCAAAGUGAUGAUGGAUCCAAACACUAAACUCUCCUGUUAUUUUUUGAUGCGAGCAAUACCAGUGGUUGAUAAAUCCAAUACAUUUCUGCAGAAAGAUGAACCCUGCAUUUAUCUUCUCCACAGUGUAAUUUCUCAACAGUUCACUGACCUUGUAAUAAUAUUCAUUUGGCCACAGUGUAUUACAGCAGCAGAAGUUACGAAUGAUAUUGACUAUGGAAAGAGAAGCAACCAGAAGAGUGAUGAGGAUCCCUAUAUAGGUGUGUGUGCCCAAGCCUACUUACAAAAACAGGGACAUUUGUGUAACCUGGAACAGUUCUACAGCUGUGUAAGAAGGUACUAUGCAAAGGCUUGUGAGUAUAUGCUCCAAGCAUUCCUGUUUGGGGACAAGGUUCUUGUAAAUGCUGAAAAUCUUGGACAUAACAAAAAGACAUAAAAUCAGAUUCAACAGAGGGAAUUCUAUUACCAACAGUUUCCUAAGCUUAUCUCUGAAGAUGAAAAACAGGAGUUGGAGGAUCAAUUCAUGAAGUAUCAAGUAGACAAACUGCCAUUUCCAGUGGAAGAGGCAAGAGUGGACAAAGCUUGGCACUUGAUCUCCCAAAUUAAAAAAUGUCAACAGGGAAACCAAAAUGCAAUGUAUUGGUGAAAAUUGCCAAAGCAUCACUGGUGAUGUACCACAGUAAUGCUGGCUGUGAAAGUGUAUUCACACUAUUGUCAAAAAAAGAAGACUGAGUUAAAAUCAAGCUUGUCCACUUAAACACUGGGAGCACUCAUGACGAUGAGGGUGAUGAUGGCUGCAGCUGGAACAGCAUGAUAUGCCACUAAGCACUCCAGACAACUGCUUGAAAAAGUGAAGGGUUCAACAAGUACAAAUCUCAAAGGUGGAGGCAAAUAAAUAACAAUUACUUGUAAUUAAUAACUAUUUAAAAUCAAAUAACAGUACAUGACACAUACAAACACAAACAUGAUACAUGCAUAUGUAUGUCAUGUACUUGUAUGUGCCCCCGGUAAUGUAAAAACAUUGAGACAAAUAUCAAAGUGUCCCAUUAAUAAUGUCUGUGCGUCUUAAUGGGAGAGCAAAAUGAUUUUUCCUACAAGUUCAACAGGUAAUGCACAUUUUUUAACACGCGCAAUGUACAUGUAGUUCUGACAUUGUAAAUUUGAAAAAAUAUUACACAUUUCACGAUUUUUUUACUCGGCAAGGUUGGCAGGUACGCUGAAGGGAUGAACCUGGCGUCCAUCAGGAUGGGAUUGAUGAGGUGAAGGUUCACGGAAGCUAAGUUUAUGUAUUGUGUCAAUGUGCUUAACUUCCAACUCCGUCACCUUCACGAACUUCUGUGUGAAAAGAUGUUUGUCAUAAAGCUGGUGAUCUGCAGAGGCAGAAGCAGUCUUCCCAGAGAGGCACAGAGGGUAGCCAGAAGACGGGGUGACGUAUGGAGCCCCGACAGUGUAGGAAGCCAGUGAGCACUGUUGUUCCGGACUCGGGUGGUGGUGUGCCCGCAUGGUGUUGAAGUGUUGCGCCCAGACUCAGCUAGCCGGGCAAAUUUCGACCCUGAGUGCGCAGCUUCACUUAUCGUUGACUGCGAUGCUUCGGUGUUAAGUAGGGGAACUGAUCAUUCGGAUAUCGCAUGCACUGCAGCUCAGACCCUUGAAGAGUGGCAAGGGCUAACCCUGAAUUGAACCAAAGAUGGUAUUGCCAGCAGGGACGAGCUGUGGAAUCACAAGUUGAGAAAGAUGCCACUCGAUCUUCUGCAGACUGACUCCUGUUGGUCUAUAGGGGAAUGUGGGGUCUCGGAAUGAUGGCACUUCCUCUUGAACCCCAACAAACUCGGGGUCAUCCGGUUAACCCUAUACAUAGACCAAGGGACGAGGGGGACCGUGGUAUUGGAUCGCUCGCACCGCUUCAUGGAAACCCAACAAUCCCAGGGUCACUCCAUUGACCCUGUAUAUCAGUUGGUAGUAUAAUAGCAUAGUCAACAAUCUAUAGAAUGCACGCACAUAAGAGAAAAAUACCACCAAAACAAGAAAAUACACACAUUUACUCAUAAAUAUGGAAUGCACGUUUAUUACAAUAUGUUAUGGUUUAAUCAAAAUAUCACAAAGGUGUGGAAGUGAAACGGAAACUCGAUAAACUCGAAGAUGUCAACAAGAUGUCCAUUUAGAAUCACGCUAAGGAAAACAAAGACGAACAUCGAGGCCACUCCACUAUGCAUUGUGGGACUAGAGGGCGCACUACAGUUGAUCAGACGUUUUAGCGAAUUGAAUCAGACGUAAAGGAGUUUGCAUAUUCAGUGACUGUUUGGGGUAGGUUAAAAGCAGAAGACUAUUUUCUAGUGGUGGCUCUGGCUUAUUCCCUUUUACAUAGGAUUGGAAUUGUUUUUUUGUGUUGUAUUUUGCAGAAUAUCAUUUUUAAGUGUUUUAAGAUCUAACUUUUGACAAUAUUUAGAAUUUAUUGCUUUUAUUUUUAUGGCCUGUGGAAAGUGUAAUGAAAUAUAACAAGCGAGCCAAUAUGUAUUUUGCCCAUGAUUGUUCUCAGUUCAUGAAGGCUCACAUGCAAAGUGCAGCACAGAGGGAAGAGGGGAUGAAGGCAAUGGGGCACUUUAAAAAAUUAAACAAGAGGUAUGUUCUUCUGUGAAUGAACACAGUUGUUUCUGUCUCAAUUCUUCUCAGUUCAUUUUCCACCUAAGUAUGACAUUUCUUUACGAUGUGACAUUGUAAAACAGUUUUGAAUGAUGAGUCUUUAAAGUGAUGAGAGCUGUAUCCUGAUGAUGUUGUCGUGAUAUCAACAACAUAUUUUGAUUCUCAUCUAUAAUACUUCCUUAUCUAAUGAUCUGCAAGGUUUCAUCCAUUUCGCACAUGCACUUCAGAAGAUAUAGUGCUUUCAAGGAUGCACAUUCAAUGCCACAUGAUAUAAUGUCAAUUUUCAUCUAUCACACUUCUGUUUCUAGCUAUCUCCAAAGUUUCAACCCAUCGGACAUGUACUUCGAGAGAUAUUUUGCUUUGAAGAGUACACAUUUAUUAUGUCACGUGACUUAAACUUAAAAUCAUAACAUGAGGUAAAAUUUGUCUAUAACACAUCCCUUCUAGCUACCCACAAGUUACCCAACGGACACAUACAUCCAGCAAUACAUGUAUAGUGCUUUGGAGAGUGCACUCUUUAUGUCACAUGACCUGUUGCAUGAUGAUGUCAUAAUCAUAUGGUUCAAAUUUUUGUCUGUGACAUUUCCGUUUCUAGGCACCUGCAAAGUGUCCACUUAAUUGGACACAAGCUUCAGAAGAUAUGGAGAUCGGAAGUUUGCCCCUUCAACAUCAUGUCAGGUGACAUGAUGAUUUGUUGUCUUGAACUUUCUCAGGCUGGUGGACUGAGAGAGCGCACCUAAAAUAUAGUCAGCUUGAUCAAUAACAGUGCCGAAAACUGCCUGUUGAAGAAAAACGUGUACAAAACCUAAGGGGAAAAAUAAAAUAUUAUAUAUUCAAAUAUUAAUAAAAAAAAUCACAAGAUGACAUCAGCAUGAUGUCAUAAAUUUUGCAUAAUUUUUAGAUCAGGGUCUUUGUUGGCUGUAACUGUGAUGACAAUUGAUCGCUUAAUUACCAAAAUGGUGCCUUGAAAACAUACACGUAUAAAGUUAAUGGGCUAAAAAUACCUAUGCAUAAAAACCUGCACCUUUAAAUGCAUGUCACAUGAUUUGCAUUUGACUUCAAUGUUUUUUCUAAAACUCUUGGGUAUAUUUCAAAUCAAACAAAGAAGGGUAAGAAAACCUGAUUUCUCUUUUGUUCUCAUAGUAAUCCUCUGCCGAAGUUGACCGCUACUCACUCAUUAAGUUGGGUAAAUAGUGUGUAGUAGAAAACACGUACAAAACCUACAGAAAAAACUGCACUGUUUAUCUCAUGUCACAUGACCCCUAAUGAUGUUAUUAUGACAAUUUUGUUCGGGGGGGGGCCUCCCUGCGUGGAGGACUACAAGCCUGAACCAAUAUGAAACCAGUCAGAGCGCCAAAGUCUGGCAGUUGAAAAAUGUGUACAACCUAUGGGAAAAAUGAAAUACAGAGUAUUUAAAAAUAAUUAAAUCAUCAUCAUGACAUCAUCAUGACAUAAAUCUGUACUUAUUUUUGUAUUAGGGUCUUUGCUGUAACUUUAGAAUGAAUGAAUGAAUGAAUAUCGCAAAAUGAACACUUUUAAACAAUAAGCCCACUUCUGGUUUUGACCAGAAGGAAGGGUCAAGUGAUUUGACCCACACAAGAUGAAUUGACCCAAAUUUACUUUGGCACUUGCCAUAAACAGAAUGUUGGAGAAAUGUUGGAUACUGUAUGUACUGCGUCGACACCAUGGCGUGCGCGACAAACGGAGCCUCUGUUUCGAUGCAGACAUGCACAGAUGGCGCUAAAAUAAACUCCCUCCAUUGCACUCUUCAAAAAACCUGCUAAUAGCAUCACGCAAUUGUCGAGCGCCCUCUGCCGACAGGUUUAAAAUUCUGAAAAAUGAAUUUUGAACAGAUAUCUUUGGUGAAGGUUUGUGGAAUUGGCUGAAAAUAGGUGGAUAUGAUGACAUUUACCCAUUCAAUACCUGCGUGAAUUUUGGGGGCGACGAUGUCAUCACAUUUGUCAUCAAAUUCUUUAAAAAAUCAAUCGUGUGAAGCAUAAGCAUGAAAUACCCUUUAGCUGAUAGCUAAAACAUAAGAGUCCAUUGCUUCAAGUGAAUGACUGGCUCACCUAUUCACACACAUGAGGCGCCAAUGACAAAAUUACACCUUACUAUAUUUGCCUACUUGGGAAUCCCAUUAUACUAUACAAUGUGUAUUGGUGUCAAUGUGGUUGAACACAUUAUGUCUGCCUAUAACGAAGACUUCGCACAGUGUGUGAGGUAAAGUGCAUGAGGCAUACUCGGGGCCCUGAAAAUGCAUGUGGCGCUGAAGUCAGAUCACUUUGUAUUGAGUCCCAAAUGACCAAAAUGUUAUUCCAACGUUUAGCACUGAUUUGUAUGAAACACCAAAUGACCAACUUAUUUUACAUCCAAUAAAAUUUCUUCCAUACUGUUUUCUUGAUGAAUACAACAUUCACUUGCAUUGUACAUAUUCAAUUACAUUAAAACUUGGCAGGUUGCAAUCGAACGAUGUGUUGUAGAUGAUCAUUGACCUUGUGAACAUAAAAAUGACAUGAAGAGAUGACCAAUAACAUGAUGUGAAAGGUGCACUAUAUCCUGUGAACUACUUGUCUGCUUGGGUUCAAAUCUUGCAUUUAUCUUGAAAGCGGAGGGAUUUAGAUGGACAAUGACCUGAUGUAAUGAUGACAUCAUCAGAAGUUGAGGUGCACUCUGUACAGCACUAUAUCUCAAACUUUACAGAUAUCUUGAAAGGGAAGAGCUUUUGACAAAUAUUGGCCUGAUGGCGUAAGGACUUCAUCAUGUGACUGGUCAUUUGACAUUAAAGGUACAUUCUUUACAGCCCUACAUCUUGUGACCUAUAUAUCUGAUUGAGCUGAAAUUUUGUAGAUAGCUGGAAUGGGAAAUGUUAUAGACAAGGUGAUAUGCUGUAAAGGGUGCUAACUUUAAUUAGUUAUAUCUCCGAAAGGUUUUGAAUAUUUCCUCAUCGUGAGGUCACCAAAAUAUUACUAGAAACUUGGGGACCUCUUAGAUAGAUGUUUGGGCAAGAAAUGAGAAAUCCAAAUGUGGUGGUGUCUCCAAUGAAGGAAUGCCUUUUUCUCAAAGAAAAAAAAAAAGAAAAUGCAAUAAAAAAAGCCCUUUGCUCUGUCCUGAAGAUAGACUAUACCUAAAGUUUUAUUUCUUCCAUUUUCUCUGACCCACACCCUGCUCCUUUUGUGCACGUUUUUCUACCCAUUACUUUAGUGUUUUUGCAACUUUAGAUCUUCAUCAUACCUUUACCAAUGAAGGACCCUUUCCAUAGAUGCAUGUAUGUCUAGAACAAUGAAGUCAUUUGAUUUAUUAUUGAUGGUUCAAUAUUUAUUUCAGCCUAUUUACUUUGUUCACGUUUUAAGGCACCACUUUGGCAACUUAGCAAUCUGUGAUCAUCAUCAAAGUUACACCAAGCACAAACCUUAAAACAAAGAGAAUACUAAAAUAAUAACUCACGAUGACAUCAUCAAGUGAGUUAUCAAAUUUUGAAUAUUUAAAUAAAUAAAAUGUUAAAUUUUUAAAACUCUGCUUAAAUUUAACCAUGGCCUCCCACAACAUUCUGUUUGCAUGAAGUGGCAGAGUAUAAUUUGGUCUUCAAUAUAUCUCAUUUGGGUCAAAUCAUGUGACCCUUCCUUCUGGUCGAAACCGGAAGUGGGCUUAUUGUUUACAAGUGGUAACGGGUAUCAACUUGCUUUCAGUGGCGUUACUCUGUUGGGGGGUAGUAUUCUUCAUAAAUCGUCUAGUGAUGAUGUCACGUAAUUGUCAAGCACCCUCUGGUGACAGAUUGAAAACUCUUAAAAAUGAAUUUUGAAUAGAUGCCUGCAGCAAAGUUUAUCAAAAUUGCCUGAAAAUUGAUGUCGAUGAUGAUACUUACUCUUUUAAGACAUGUAUGAAAUUUUGGGUGGAUGGCAUCAUUAGACCAGCAGUUACUUUGAAAAGCUUCUUAAAAAUUUGGUUAAAAAUCAACCAUAACCAAUUUAAGCGUGAAUUGUCCAUUAGAUGAUGGAUAUUAUAAACAAGUCGACUGCAUGGAGUGCAUAACUCGUGUACUUCUUGACACAGAUGAAGCGCCGACAACAAAACCUCCUUACAAUAUUUGUAAGCGCGAAAAUCCCAUUCUUAUGCUGUGCAUUGGCUACUGUGUCCACAGCUGCGAAAUAUUUGCCUGUAAUCUAAGCAGUAUUAUGAGGACGUCAUCAAGUCACUUAUUAUUGAUUGUCAAUAUUUAUUUCAGCCUGCUGACUUUGUGCAUGUUUUUGAGGCAUCUUUUUGGUUACUCGACUACAUUUGAUCAUCAUCAAAGUUGAACCAAGCACACACCUUACAGCAAAGAUAAUGUGAAAAUAAUAAUGUCACAAUAACAUCAAGUGAUUUUUUAGGAAAUUUUGGAACUUUUAAUAUCGAGUUAAUUAUUAAAAAUCCAUAUAAAAUAAACCAUGGACUCCUCCAAUCGUCUGAAAAUUGGUGUGGAUGAUGAUCUUAACCCAAUUAACACGUGUGAAAUUUGGGGCCGAUGACAUCAUCAUAUUGGAUGUUAUAAUAAAAAGUCCUUUUAUUCUUCAGAAUUCGGAAAAAAUAAACCAUAACAGAUUUAAGCAUGAAUCGUCCAUUAGAUAAUAACAAAGCACUAGUUUUGAAAAAGGCCCCCCCCACAAAAAAUAAAAAGAAUGCUUUUUUACAGAAUUAUGAAAAAAAGACAAAUUUUAAAACAAAUGCUGUUUCAGCCAGUGGCCUGAACAACUAAAAUAAGGACAAAAAGAAUGCCUUUUUUGCAAAAUUGCAAAAAAGACUUCACCCCCCAAAAAAGAAUUAAAAUGCCAAAAGAGAACAAAAAGAAAUCCUUUAUCCCAAAAUCGGGAAAAAAGAGGUACUCAUUCUGACCUUUGGUACACGACUACCAAAUUCAGUUAAGAUCCUGCCUGAACUUUUUGAACUCAUGAGCUCAAGAUUAGUGAGUAGGCCUACUGCUAUUACAGUGUACACUGUCACCGUCAUGGAAAUGAGCAAUUUAAAAAAUGUCAUGAUUGCCUGGCAUUGACUAAUAAUACAGUAGUACUGCUGGGAUACGAUACCAUCGCCACACUGUCUUGUGUUCCUAGAGUUUGUCAUUUUUGCACUUUUAUUUGCACUAUUUACAACAAUUUGAAGAAACCUCCGACAAUGCGUUGGCCAGAUCCACCUGUUCUGCACCAAGUGCAAGUGGAUACGAGCACUGCCUUACGUUCCAAACAUCUGUAAGAAAUAUUUCAAGCAUCAACCUAUCAAUCUAAACUGAUGUGCCACAGGCUUACAAAUAAAAAAAAAUGUAUGCCUCCCAGGAUAACUCUAAAUUUUGUUUCAUUUAGCACUAUUUUGAAUACUAUGAUUUCAAAUAAUAUUUUAGAGAGAAUGUUAACCAAAUUUUGUGAUGUGUAAAAUUUACCAUGUCAACACUAUUUUGUGUAAAUAUCUCUUCUAUAUGUUAGUGGAAGAGGUGAACAACAACAACAACAAAAUAUUUGUACCGACACAACUAAGAAAGGAGUGGAUUAAAUUGACCCUUUUGUAUUGCAUAUUCGUUUCUCAGUUUGGCUGAGUAUGCCAAUCGCAACAAAGAUGGCACAUGCACAUUACAUUGUGCUCAUUGCACAAUGAGCCACAGGAUUAAGGGUGACCAAACCCUUUAAUGAGAAAAAGCCUUGGAUAUAGCCAGGAAAUUGCUCGACCUUCAAGAUUUUAAAUCAAGAGGCUUGUCAGCUUAGCUAUAGCAUGCACAAGCCAAAUUUGAAAUUUCUGUGCUACAUAUUUCCCAAGCUAUCUCCCUGACAAGAUUCCUAUUGUUUUAUCCAUUGUGACCUUGACCUUUGAGUCCAAAAUGCAAUAGGCAUCUUAAGAUCAUCAAUAGCAAUCCACAAACUAAAUGUAGAUUCAUACGCAGAAUAUUUCUCAAUUUAUCAUGCUGCGAAGAUUUCUUUUGUUUUAGGCACUGCAACCUUGACCCUUCAUUCUUGAAUUCAAUAGGCUUGGCAGAACUAUGGAUAGCAGUCCGCAAAACAAAUUUGAAAAUUAUACACGAGGUAUUUCUCAAGUUAUCAUGUUGACAAGAUUUUUACUGUUUUAGCUAUUUCAACCUUGAUCUUUUGGGACCAAUAUUCAAUAGGCAUUUUAGUAUCACCAACACUGAUCCACAAACCAAAUAUGAAGUUAAUAAAAAUCAAAGUAUUCCCCGAGUUAUUGCACGGACAAAAGUUAUGUUUUUUAGCCAUUCUGACAUUGACCCUUGUGUUUUGGGAUCCAAAUUAAACAGACUUCUUAAGAUUACCAAGAGCAAUCUGCAAACAAAUUAGAAGUUCAUAUGAAAGGUUAUUCUCAAGUUAUCAUGCUGACAAGAAUAUUCUGGACACUCACACUUACCUUACAUACCUACGGUGGACAUUCCUUUCUUUUUGUGCAGUUAAGAAAACUCGGGGAAAAUACUCAUUUUUCUUGAACUGGGAACACAAUCUUCAGAUGCCUUUUUGUACAAGGUUUUCUCGGCUAUUCCUCUUGAGACAGAUGACCCCUACCCUAAAAUGCCUCUAAACUUCUUUUUCAGAGAAGGGGAAAUGUCCUGUGGACGUGUGCAAGUCCACAGGACGUCUUCCUUUCCUGCAUCAUGUAGACAUCUUUGGUUCACAAGUCCACAAUAGGUAUGUAUUAGCGCACCCCCACACAACGCCAUUGCACCCUACAUUAUGUGGACUUCUUUUGUGCAGAGGUCCACACUAUGCAUGCCAUGCCCCUAUACACUCGGAAAUACCUGUUGUACAUAUAAAGAAAGUGUGGACAUUCCUGUGUUCUCCUGUGGUUAAGGAAACCAGAGUUAACCGCUCCUUUUCUCCAACUAGGAUAAAUCCUUCGAGCUAGAUUUACAUUUUCCCAAUAACCACUGUUAUAUUGCAUUACUCUAGCUUUGAAUCGAAUUUGGUGCUUCUGUCAUAAAAUAUAUGAGAGUUUUGCUGUACUACUCCACUUUGGCUGAAAAGGGUAGGGUCAGCAAAAUCUGCACCGGAGAGGCUAAUUUAAGACAGAAAGCUCAUCUACCACUCAAAUCAGAGCCCAAGAACUGACUGUCCUCUAAUUGAAAAGAAGGCUUUCUCUUUGAGAAUAAAUAGACUUUUAAA